AUGUUCUUGCAGACUAUUCUGGCAGCCACGGCCUUUGGUGCCCUUGCCUCCGCCGCUCCGACCCAGUCGCGCAGCACUGGCGGGAAGCUAGCCGUCUAUUGGGGCGCAGAAGACCCGUCCACCACCCUGGACGACGUCUGCGGCGACAGCUCCUACGACAUUGUAAACCUGGCCUUUUUGAGCUACUUCUUCAAGGACGGUGGCUAUCCAGAACUCAGCAUCAGCACACUCGGCGGCCCCUCGGACGCGCAGCAGGCCGCCGGCGCCACAUCGCUCCAGGACGGCUCGGAGCUCGUGCCGGCCAUCCAAAAGUGCCAGAAGAACGGCAAGCGCGUCAUCCUGAGCAUGGGAGGCGCCCAGGGAUACGCGGACGUGACCCUGCAGAGCGAUGCCCAGGGCCAGCAGAUUGCGCAGACAAUCUGGGAUCUGUUCCUUGGCGGCACCAACAACGCCUCGCUUCGGCCGUUUGGGGAUGUGAAGCUCGACGGCGUGGACUUGGACAACGAAUCCGGCAACCCCACUGGCUAUGUAGCCAUGACCAAGCAGUUCCGCAGCCUCAUGAACUCGGACUCGAGCAAGCAGUACGUCCUGACGGCGGCUCCUCAGUGCCCGUUCCCGGACGCCUCGGAGCCCCUUGACGUUGUGCAGCUGCUCGACUACGUCUGGGUGCAGUUCUACAACAACGGCGACUGCAACAUUGCCCAGUCUGGCUUCAACGACGCCGUGCGCACCUGGAGCCAAGGGAUCGGGAAUGCGACGCUCUUUAUCGGUGCUUUGGCCAGUGGCGCAGACGGCGAUCAGGGAUAUGUUGAUGCGAGUACCUUCACCUCAGCCCUCCAGGGCGUGGAGGCGAUGAACCUGCCCAACUACGGUGGUGCGAUGCUUUGGGAGGCUCAGCUGGCUGUCAACAACGGCAACUACCAGCAGCAGAUUCGGGGCUCGCUUUGA